AGCCACACGGUCUCAGUGCGCUGCAGAGGCAUACGCUGAGCUGCAGGUUCAACACAGCUCCAGUCAUCCUUCCUUCGUCGGCUCCUCCACCAUGGCUCGGUCAGCCGUCCUCCUCGUCCUCCUCAGCCUCCUCCUGAGCUCCAACUGCUCUCUGUCUCCUCCACGGAUCUCCUUCCUCCUCGAUUCUGGAGACAGACCUCUGGUCCGCUUCAGCCUCCCCGACCUCCACAACACCACCACACUGCUGCUAAGCAACGACGGCUCCACCCUUUUCGUCGGGGCACAAAACACCAUCCUGUCACUGAAUGUUAAUCAGAGCGAUGUCAUCAGCCUGAAGAAGAAGGUGCAGUGGAGUCCCUCUGACAAGGACAUUAAGGAUUGCAGCACUAAAGGGAAAGAUGCAGUGGUUGACUGUCCAAACUUUAUCCAUGUGUUGCAACCUCUGAACUCCACCCAUCUGUACACCUGUGGCAGCUACGCCUACAGCCCCCAAGAAGCCUACAUCGACACUGAAAGCUUCUCCAUUGUCCAACAAAACGGUGCCAAAGGUCGAUGUCCAUUCAUCCCCUUCGAGAGGAGCGCCGCCGUCAUCAUAGACAGUGAGCUCUUCACAGCCACCACAACCGACUUCAGAGGACUCAAACCCCAGAUCUCUCGAUACUUCACCAAGGAUGGCCCAGACGUCAGCCUGGAGACGUCCAUCAGCUUACUGGAGGAGCCCACAUUUGUAAGCUCGUCCCUGGACCCGGCUGAGGGGAAACUCUACUUCUUCUUUAGUGAAGUUGGGAAAGAGUUCAGCUAUGUAGAUGAGCUGAAAACUGCUCGGGUGGCUCAAGUCUGCAAGGAUGAUGUUGGUGGACAGAGGACUCUGCAGAAAAAGUGGACAUCCUUUGCCAAAGCCGCUCUGCUCUGUCAGUCUCAGAAACAGCUUCCCUUCAAUAUUCUCCAGGAUGUGUUCACCCUCCAGCCACCAGAGGGCAGCGCCACUGACACUCUGUUCUACGGAGUCUUCACUGCUCAGUGGUCCAGAGUUCCAGAGUCUGCAGUGUGUGUCUUUAAGCUGCAAGACAUUAAAAAAGUGUUCAUGGGGAGCUACAGGACCUUCAUCAUGGAGAGUCACCAGUGGAGUCUGAUUCAGGAAUCAUCCUCCCUGGGAAAGUGCGGACUACACAAUUCCACGGAUGCUGUGUUGGGGGAGGUGAAGAGGAGUUUCCUGACCAGGAACCCUGUGACACCUGUCGGAGGCGGUCCGGUUGUUGUUUCAUCGGGGCAGCAGUACAGUCGUGUGGCUGUGAUGACAGCACAGGCGGCCGAUGGCAAACAGUAUACCAUCCUGUUCCUUAUUACAGAGUCUGGAUUCCUCCACAAGGUGGCGUUGUUUGAUCAGGGUCCUUGGGUCAUUGAAGAGAUUCAGGUCUUCGCCCGGCCUCAGCCAGUCAAAAGCAUCGUCCUCUCCUCCUCCAAGGGAGUCCUUUAUGUGGGGACAUCUGAGGGCGUGACUGCUGUACCUGUGGCCCGCUGCUCCACCUACAGAACCUGCAGUCAGUGUCUUCUGGCCAGAGAUCCUCUCUGUGGAUGGAGCCGGACCGACAGGGUCUGUAGCCGUGCGGAUGGCAGUCACGAGGACAUGGUUCAAAACCUGAAAGACGGUGAUGUGGAAGAGAAAUGUCGGGGGCAAACCGAGGCUGAUGUGAUCACAGAGGUCCGUGCUCAUCUGAAUGAAGCGGUGACCCUUUCAUGCCUGAAACCUUCCAACCUGGCAACUCUGACCUGGACUUCGACUCAGUUCAAAAGCCUGCCAGAGAAUCGCUUCAUUCAGUCAGCUGACGGCAGCCUUAGGUUCCUCGUCACCGACGACACUCUCGGGACCUACCGCUGUGAGGCAGAGGAAGGCGGGUACAAGGAAGAAGUCAAAAGUUAUGACGUGCAAUUGAAACGCGCCAGAAAUUUCUCACCAAGAACCCAUGAAUCCGUGAGCACAGAGGAGCCCGACGAGAACAUCGCUACCGAAGAUCCAACAUUGUUUCUGUCGCAAUAUGUACACACCAACACACACACCACCAAAGACAGAAACAAUGGAUUUACAACCAGUUUUAAAGAUGAGAAGAUCUCCAAUGAACAAGUUCCUGAAACAAAAGUCGACCAAACCCUGACCUCAGUGAAGGACCACCAGCGCUCGCCAGAGCCCAGCGAUAUCCCUCUGAAAGAGAAGAGUUACUACAGUGAGCUUGUGGCUGUUUCCCUCCUUCUGGCCGUGUGCAUCUGUAUCCUGAUUCUGGGAUCGAUCCACAUGUGGCGACAGGGGAAAGUUAGCCUCAAGCAGGAUCCACUGGUCACUCCUGACGAGGGCAGCAACACAAACAAAGCUAUGGAGAGUUGCUCUCUGAGCAGCCCGGAGGAACCAGAGCCUGAGGUGAAGGUGAUGGAGUAACUGAAGAUGCCUUAACUUACAUUUUGCAGCUAGUUUAUCCCAGCAGGUAACACUUAUCACCACAGACAUCGUGAAAGUAGGAAACUUCAAAGAAUCUUUGGAAACCGAAGAUUAAGAGCAGUUUGAGCUUUUUAAUGUUUACCUCAUUGUUUGGUUUGCAAAGUCCCAUUUUUACCAUUGUCUAAACCAGACGUCAUGAGGCAGAACCAAGGGACCCCCCCCCACAGUCAUAUGGUAGCACCUUGUCAGUCACAGUAUUCAAGCUAAAGGCCCGAGUAAAGCGUACUGUGCUUUAUCGCCCAUCGGGACAUUUAUAGGACCAGUGUCCUCAUGUUUGUACAAGAGGAGGUGCCUCCCCCUUCUGGCCAAUUGGAAGAACUGCUGCAUGAGCUUCAUAAACUACAUCUGUCUUUUGUAUACAGUUGAUGUUGUGCUAUAAUAAUAAUAAUAAUAAUAACUGUAACUCUGCAUAUCUUAAGUCUCAGGUCUCUUAGGGCCUGUAGCCCAAGGCUAGUGCUGUGAAACUAGCACAGUUUGAAAGCUGCAUCUCUUUGAAAUUGAAUUGGUUAAUUUUGGUUGCAUGCUGAACUAAAAACUGGACCUUAAAGCAGCCGUGUGAAGCUUUAGGCCUUAAUACAGGGCUGAUUUAAACACAGUUACCCUAAUGGGGACCGACUCAAACAGCUGUUACAGCACCUGCAGCUGUUUUUAGCUCUGCUCAGAUUUGAGGAGAAUCAUGAGGACUGUUCAUGAAUCUGCUCCAAGAUCUGAGAUUAUUGGAAACAGAAGAUCAGCGAUGUAGUGUAUGCUGUUCAGUGCAGUGAAGAGUGCUCGGACCUCUACAUUGGUGAAACCAAACAGCCUCUUCACAAACGAAUGGCACAACAUAGAAGAGCCACCUCGA